AUGGAACGUCGUCACGAAACUGGCGGUAAAGGUGCGUGCCUGACUAAGGUACGUGGUGCGUGGCCCGGGACCAGAAUCGGCCGGCGUGGUAUCGGCGCGGCGUGGCUGGGGAAUUGGAGACAGCCCCAAGACCUCCGCAACGGAGGAGCUAUGGAAGCCACCAUCAUGAACUGCCAGGUGUGGAUGAGUGCGGGAUCUGGGCCGUCACAGAAAGACAGCACAGGGCAGGACCCUCUGAUAUGUCUCUGGGAUGGAAAAAGAGACCCGGACACACAGACGGGAGCUUGUCCGACCCAGACGGAUCGAUGUUGGGGAGUGGAGCCACAAGCGCCGGCCGUGUUGUUGGACCCUUUUGUUGACUUGUCGUCCAUCUGCCGGCCGGAUCACCGCCGCGAUGGUGCGCAAGACAAGCCGUGGCAGGAUCAAGCGGGCAUAACGAGAACAUGUAAUUGGACUGUGAGGCCGUCUGAGAGGGUGGUGACCGUGGUGGUGAACUUUAGACCGGGCAUGUUCACGACGCUUGUUCCCAGGUACCUGCUUCCGAAAGAGGCCAAAAGCAGGCAGGCUCCUGGGGUGGUCUUGGAUCGUGGACGACUGGCAUUGGACGAUUUGACGGCCAGGUUGCCAAGAGCCGGGCCCAGGCAAUGGGAAGCCGUGGGAGAUGCAAAAGGGCGGGGGGGCGAAAAUGCAAGGCCAGCUCAGCAGGCUGUGUACAUGCUCAGCGUGCGGCCUAUAGGAUUAUCCAAGGGCACCUCAUGCCUUCCGAAAAGGGGGGUUUGGAGCGAAACAAUAGGACGAGACAAACAUGAUAACAGAGAGGCCGGAGAGGGAAGGUAUAAGGCAAGCCUUGUACACCAAGUAUAUAGCCAGGAGACAUGUCUGUACAUAGCCGUCACCAUCUGGAAUUGGGAUGUCGGGGAUCUGGAUACAUAUCUCCUCCAUCCUUGCUUGACUCUUUGA